AUGAUCAUUGUGGUGGAUGGAAGGGUUCGGGAGCGCUGGGAGUUUACUCCAGAUGUUACGGGGCCGUGGGGAUAUAUACUCUGCUGUGAAAUGGGGCGAACAAACCGGUGCUUUGGUUCAUUGAGAAAAGGACGGGGCGAUGAUCAAUUUGGUGGAGAUUGCAGUAGUGAGUCUACUAAGCGUCGUGAAGCAGUGAGGCACAGAAACACCCGAGAGAUCCGUUACGUUACGAAGUUUGGGUCCAGACCGGAUAGAACAGCUGGGUGUGUUUUCCAUCGUUUUUCAUUACCAUGGGGUAUUGUUGAUUCGAAAAUUUAUCGGUCGUCAAGUUUGGUUUCGGAAAUUAUUGGAGGAUUAGCUCAGAAGCAGCAUUUGUAA